AUCCACACUUGUUUGAUUCAGUUGCAUUCAAGGUCAGCAGAGAUGUUGAAAAAAAUAAAACACCGGUCAGUGGAUUCCUCACAUUCAAACUCGAGGCGUUCCAAAUAGCACCUGAGCGAGUUCAACAGGUAUGACGGUCAAAGGAAAGAGGGAGGAUUGUGCAAAGAGGUGGAGACCAAUUGCUUAUGUUAACUAACAGAUUAGUCUCAGAAAGGAUUGAGGUAGACAGAAAGGACUGGAUUGCACUCCUCUAAUGCUGCUUUACUGAAUGCACACCUAGUCUGGAAUAUGUGCUUCUGGAGCCAGGCGAACAUCUGGGUUCAACUGCUCUUCAGCUCAUAGGCUUCUCUGUUCAACACUUCUCUUAUUUCUUAAUCUGUUCCUCUGGAUCUAAGGAUCUACAUGAUGAGUGAUGGCAAAGAGAAACCCCAUGGCAGCAAAAAAGGGCCCAACGUCAAGCCGAAGCUUGACAGCAAGGGCAGCUUCAACCUGGGAGCUUCAGCGCAAAGACAGAGACAGAAGUCUCUUAGGAGAAGUCGCAGCAAUGAAGCAGAAAACCGGCGUCGAGAAAGUAGCCGAGGUAGAGAACAGGGCAAGAAAGAGGGAGGAAAGCAUCAACGGGGUCGCAGCGAGGAGGGAAGGAGGCAAGACCGCGACCCUGAGUCUGGACACCACAAGACCGAGCAACCCAGAGAUGACCUGCAGGACACAGAGUGCAUUGUGUGCUUCUGCAGCUUCGACAACGUCUUCAAAGCUCCAAAGUUACUUUCCUGCGGACACACGUUCUGCUUGGAAUGCCUGGCGCGCAUCAACGUGAAUUCUGAAGAGAUCAAGACGUUGUCUUGUCCGAUCUGUCGGGAGCUGACGGAAAUCCGACACGGCCGAGAUCUACCACAGUUGGGAAAUAACGAAGACAUCUUCCGCAAACUUCCGGCUGAGAUGCAGCGGGCGCUUUCGGUGCGAUUUAAACGCAGCAAGGGCAAACUCAUUCUCAAGAAUCCUCCACCAAACAGCUCUGUUAGGACCUCCUUAAAUUUGCCGGUGUUGAAGAAGAAAGAGGAGCAGGCCGGCGGUAACCCGCUUGGAGUCAUGGAGGAAGGUCUCGGCCAGGCAACUAUGAUCGAUGUGGGAAGGCCGCCAAGCAGGAUGAGGGGUCGCAUGAGAAGGAUAAUGUAUUCCAAUCAGUGCUAUUAUGCCGUUGUUGCAGCCAUCAUCACAAUCACUGUGGCGUUAAUGCUGGUGGGAAUCUUCACCUUUGUGGUGAUGCCCUUUAUGAAUAGCAGACCAAUUAGACCAUUACAGAACCAAACUUCUCCAGAUACUACGCCUUGAGAGAUGAGGAGACUGACAGCGCUAAGGAAGGAUGAUUGGUAAAGCAAAACAAGCAAUUCUUGGUGGAGCCUGUUACAUUGAACACAACAGCAUUUAUUUUGCUUUUGUGCAAGACGCUUCAGACAGGCUCGAUAGGAAUGAACUGGAAAAACUUGAACAUAUGAUGCACUGAAGUCUAUUGAGCACAGACAUAUUUUACACAAACUGAGACAUUGUUUUGUAAAGGUCUUUAAGAACAAGAGGCAACAAUGACGUCUGUUCUGACCAGUGAUCCAGUGAUGAACUGUAUUUUCCAAAGUAUAAAUUAAUGGAAAUAAAAAAAGUAUAUAUAUAUAUAUAUAUAUAUAUAUAUAUAUAUAUAUAUAU